AUGGCAGGCUCCACAGACGAUGCGGCAUGGACUCUGGCAAAGUUGCCGAUUCCAAGUUACCAGAUCUUCGUUCGCUACAUCUGUUUCGCAUGUGCUGGUAUCGGCCUUCUCUUCAUCCUUCCGUUCCUCUUCCUGAUCGUGCUCGAUAUCGUGCUCUGGAUAUGGCGGACUUGCUUCAAUAGCAAAAAGCACCGGCCGAACGAACACCAGCCCGACGAGAGACUACCUGAUGGAGCCACCACAACGGCUGUCGACGACAGCAAAGGACACCAUCGGUCGAGCAUGCACUGA